AUGCAUAAUUUGCAAGAUAAGGCUUUUGAAUGGAGUGUUGAAGAUGCCUUCGCCAUCGAUGAAGUCAAUUUGUUUCAGAAGUUAGGUUUCCAGACGUUCGUUAAUGUAUCGACUAGAUUCUAUGACAGACUAGAAGGAGUGGUUCGAUCAAUUUUUGGGAAUUCGAAGAAAGAAGAUGCAAUUUAAAACCAGUAUGAGUUCUUCGUGCAGAGGAUGGGAGGUCUACCUCUAUAUUCUCAAAGAAAAGGUCAUCCAGCUUUUAUAGGUCGACAUCGACCAUUCCCGAUCACACAUAGAGUGGUAGAAAGAUGGUUACUUCACAUGCAAGUAGCAUUAGACAAAACCUCAGAUAUAGAUGAUUCAAAUGUCAGAAUGACAAAUUUUUGUAGGCAUACCAUACUUUGUACUAUCACUCCGAGAAUACCAAGGGCUCCAACUGGUGGUUUCAUCCCCACUGUUUACUUGUUCGUGACUAUUCGUGUUGCUGCCGUUCGUGUAGACGAUCGUGCUGCCGCAACCGACUGA